AGAUCACGGCUCAUAUAAACAGCAUACUUGGCUAGAAACGUAAUAACACAACAUAACAAACAAAAUGUCUGCAGCACUUUUGCGAAACACCUUUAAGUGCAUUAAUUUAAGAUUAAAUACAACAGCUUUCACAAAAAGAAAUAUAUGCACAAGUCCACUGCGGUGCAAAUGGCGGAAUACAGGCUCUGCAGAUGUGGAACGUACUCUUUUAAAGAGGGAUAAUUUACCGGCCCAUUAUCAGCUAAUCUAUCGUGCGCCUUUAGAGAAAUAUGUGACCUGGACAAAGAAUGUUUCGACUUUUACAGUUUCCGUUAUUGCCUUAAUUGCCGGCUAUCAACUGGCCACAUCUAUAAACUUUAUGAAUUUGGUUCGGAAAAUUGAUGUUGGCGUGCUUGUAUCGAAUGAAGCGGACUUGUAUUUCUUUGCAGCGGGUUUUGUGUUGAUUAACUUGGCCAUACGCAUUUUUGUAUUCAAAUAUCCACUGAGAAUUUACAAAAGCGGCGAUAAAUAUGUUGCGGUUUUUGGUUCACAAAUGCCUGUGGGCACAGUCAAACAUUAUUUUCAGCGUGGCCAAAUAGCAGAGUAUAAAAAUGUAUUGAAUCCGUGGAGUCAUGUUAUAUUUAAGCUGGACAAGCGUUCAUCAAUGCUAAUGAUUGAUUACUUUAAAACACCAUCUGAGUUUCACGAGAUGUUUCAGGAGAGACAAACUUAAUGUAUAAUUUCUUAAAAAGUUGUUAAUUAAAU